CACUUCAAAUGCUAUCCGUGGACGGGCGGCUCAUUGUCAGGAGAGUUGCAGCGCGAGCAGGAGGGAGAGAACGCAGGUACAGGUACAACAGCAGCAGCUGCAGCAGCAGCACUUCAGCCGCAGCAUCACAGAAAACACACUCUGCUACACCCAACUGAAAGAAGAUGGAAACAGAUGGAGUGAAUUUCCCACCAGUAAGAAGUUCUCCUUUCAGAGAUGAGCUAAGACAAGCAUCUCAGCACAGUUUCUACUUAAGCCCACCUCCACUUUAUAUUAAGCCCCCAAAAUUCUCCCCUACAAGUUACCCCAGCAUAUCACCCACCACAGACACCUACAGUGCAUUCAGCCCACCUACUUUCUUUCCCAUGCUUGGCCCCGGUUAUACCCAAAAGGAAGGUUCCCAAAAACGCAAAAGAACUCCUUUCAAAAUGGAUGCCCAAGGAGAUGAAUCUCCUGACAGAGGAGCAGAGGAGGCAGACGAAAGCAGCAGUAAGAAGAUGGUGAACCUCUCCCACAUCCCCUUCUCCCUCCAGCCUCGCCCCAUUCCUUCCCCAUCUCCAAAGCCCAUCCCCGGUAUGAUUGAGCUAGACAGACUGCAGAUUCAUCACAGAUCACCAGGUAUGAAUCUACCUGUGCAGGUGAAACAGGAGCCUCUCAGUCCUUCCCCUGUUUGGCCUCCUUCUCCUCUUCUCCUCCACCCUCCCUACUUCCCAUCUCUCCACCACAGCCUCCUCCCAUACCCCUUUUUCAUGCCCAGCCCUGUCAUGCACCUCUCCCCUGGUUCUUUCUACCCAAGAGAGAACCUCCGCCCCAGGCAUCGCGGCCGUGACGGACCUCCUCGCGGUGGGAUGACCACUGCUGAAAAGCUUGGUCUCAACGUCCAUGUAGAUGACAGUUAUUAUGUAGACGUGGGAGGAGAUCAGAAGAGAUGGAAGUGUCGAAUGUGUGAGAAAUCCUACACCUCCAAGUACAACCUGGUCACGCACAUCCUGGGGCACAAUGGCAUCAAGCCACAUGGGUGCCACCUGUGUGGAAAGCUGUUUAAGCAGCUGAGCCACCUGCACACACACCUGCUCACCCACCAGGGCAUGAGGCCUCACAAGUGUCAGGUGUGCCACAAGGCCUUCACUCAGACCAGCCACCUGAAGAGACACAUGAUGCAGCACAGUGAUGUGAAGCCAUACAGCUGCAGUGUAUGUGGCCGAGGAUUUGCCUACCCCAGUGAGCUUCGCGCCCAUGAGCUGAAGCACGAGAAAGGCCAGGAGAACGUAUGUGUGGAGUGUGGUCUGGAUUUCCCCACACUGGCCCAGCUGAAGAGGCACCUGACCUCCCAUCGCGGGCCCACCCUGUACAGGUGUGCAGAGUGCCAGAAGACUUUCCAGUACCCGAGCCAGCUUCAGAACCACAUGAUGAAACACAAAGACAUCAGACCGUACAUCUGCAGUGAGUGUGGGAUGGAGUUCAUCCAGUCACACCACCUGAAACAGCACACGCUCACUCACAAAGGGGUGAAGGAGCACAAGUGUCGCAUCUGUGGUCGUGAGUUCACCCUGUUGGCCAACAUGAAGCGCCAUGUCCUCAUCCACACCAACAUACGGGCCUACCAGUGCCACAUGUGCUUCAAGAGUUUCGUCCAAAAACAGACUCUCAAGGCUCACAUGAUCGUCCACUCGGACAUCAAACCCUAUAAAUGCAAGCUUUGCGGGAAGGAGUUCAAUAGGAUGCACAACCUAAUGGGCCACAUGCAUCUCCACUCAGACAGCAAACCCUUCAAAUGCCUUUACUGCCCGAGCAAGUUCACGCUGAAGGGAAACCUCACCAGACACAUGAAGGUCAAACACGGCGUCAUGGACAGAGGGCUGGAUGAAAGAUUGUUUAGGCAAAGAGGACGAUUCUGCCUGUCCACUCCCAUGGGCCUCCUCACACACUUCAGUCAAGAGGAGCCAUUUGACCUUUCCCAGAAGCCCCCGGGCCUGCCCAGCCUCCGCCUCUCCCAGUCUGAUGGCGAGAGCGUCCCUGGAAGCUCGUGUCAGGAGGAGGAUGAGGAGAGUCUGUACAGAAGGAGCCAGUACAGCCCCGAGGUGGACCAACAUGAGCCGGCAGGCGAGGACCAGUACAUCCCUGAGCUGGAGGAGAGAGAGCAGGGGUCUUCAGCUGAACUAAGGCCAGGGGAGAAGCAGAAACAAAUGUAUCAGUGUAGUUUAGAUGAACAGACAUAUGAGAGGGAGUCAGCAGCAGAAGGACACUCUGUAGAUCCCAGAGAUGACAAGGUGCAGCUAUUACAGUCUGAAGAGACAUCCGAGAUGGCCUAUGAAUCUGAUUCAGAGCUAGAUGACCAGGUGUACCACCAUGAGAAAGGCCGUAGACAGUCGUAUGAUUAUGACUCCGAUUCAGCGCUAGAUCACCGAGAGCUAGAUGACCCAGAGCAAAGCAAACAGCAGACAGAUGGUUUUUGUGACGCAGCCAUCAAUGUGGCAGAGGGAUCGCAGACAGGUGAAUUCAUGGGAGUUACAGGUCCACAGGAUGAAGAAGAAGAUGAAGAAUGAGGAAAAAUUAGACAACGAAUGAGAAGAAGAUGCAGGUUCUAGAGAAAGCUGAUGUUUUUUUGACAGGAAAAUGGAGAGGAUGUUCAGGAGACAUGCCCCCGAGGAGAGAGGGAAAGUGUGUUAGGUCUCUAAAUAAAACUGAUUAUGGAGGAUGUGGUAUUGUAGUUUAGCACAAAAAGAGAAAGAUGAGCAUAUCGUGUUUAUUAACAGAGCAAAUUAUUCCAAUGAAGUAACUAAAAUACAAAGCUGUGAAGUAUACUGCAUGUAUAGAGCAUAUCAUACACCGAUUAAUAGUCAUUGACAGAAGGCUAAUGUGCAUUUAUGAGUGGAAAAGUAUGAUUAGGGUGUAACUUUGUUGAAAAUAAAAUGCAAAAAUAUAUUUAAUAUUUUUGGUUUUCUACAAAUCAUUUUGCAAUAUUGACUCAAAUAUGCAAUUUUGCUUUAACUUUGACUCUCUUCUAUGAUAUAAAAAUAAAAAAAUAUGUUUAACCAUUGUGUAUUGUUGUUUUGUAAUGUUUUGUGGCUAUUUUUUGUGUGGGACAUUGUACAGUAAGUAAAGUAAGUAUUGGGUGUAAUAAUGUAGAUAGAUAUGGCAAUGCUUGAGUUUCUCAAAUCCUUUGAGUGUCUUUAUGAAAUAAACUGUGAUUCUUCUUUUAAUGUCUAAUGUUUAGAUUUUUUAUCUAUAUGCUUUUGUUACUUCAGUUUUUAGGGGAUGGCUGUGUUUUUAAUGUAUGACAGUGUAAUGGUGGUCACCUCAAUAUGAUUCUGCAAGAUAAAUACAAAAAUAAAAGUUUGAACGCAUGAACCUGUGCAAUCAA